AAGGUGAAACAACUGGUUGCCGAUGGAGGCCAGAUAGUUUCCAAGGAAGAGUUGGGUGAAGGAGUAACGUCGGUUGCAGAUAAAUUAGAAGUGAUACCCGAUUCUAAUAUAGGAUUUAAGCUUUUGCAGAUGAUGGGUUGGAAUGGUGGUGGAGUUGGGAAGGAAGGAAACAAGGGAAUAGUUGAACCUGUGAAUGUAAAAGAUGUAUAUAAAAGAGAAGGACUUGGCUAUUCAAGAGAAAGAAGCGUCACAAAAGAAUUUAAUUCCAGAAUAAAAGAAAUACUUAUGAACUAUAAAAAAUCUGGCUCUUUCUUUGACCUUGCAUUUUCUCCAGAGUUCACCAAAGAAGAACGGAAAGAAAUUCAUAGAAUUGCUGACAAACUUCACCUGAAAAGCAUCAGUCGAGGAGGACAGGGAUCUGGGAGAUACCUUGUUAUCAGCUAUCGUUUUAAUCCACAGCAACUGCUAAAACAUCUCUUGGAGUUUGGAGGAUCCACUGAUAAAUAUGAGUUAAUUCCUCCAUUAAACAACUGAGUCUUUGUUAUGGAAAUAUUUGUUUUUCUGUAUAAAUAUGAAGUUUUUAAAUUCUAGAUUUUUUCUUUAUCAAUAUGUAACCAUGUUUAACCAGAAUAAUAAAUUAUUAGAAAAAACAUUCCC